AUGUUAGCAGAAGUAUCUAUGCUGUUCGAUCCAUUGGGAUUGGUAGGCCCUAUAAUUACCGCGGCGAAAAUCUUAAUACAAUCCUUAUGGGCAUGUAAUGUUUGGUUGGGACGAUUCGGUGCCCAUGAGGAUUCACAAGGCUUGGUGUCAGAUAAAAUCCCAACUACACCGUUGGAGUUUAUAGAGAUUCCCAGGUUGGUAAUCUCGAAAAAUCCCGACUCUGGGAUACAGCUGCACGGGUUUUGUGACGCGAGCGAGCAGGCAUACGGGGCAUGCAUAUACGUGAGAGAAGACGGCGUUUUGACUGCUUUACUUUGUUCCAAAUCUAGAGUGGCGCCGUUAAAAACAUUGUCUCUGCCACGGUUAAAGCUAUGCGCGGCGGUUCUUUUGAUUAGAUUGAUGAACAAGGUGGCCUCCAUCCUAAACGUGAGAGUGUACAAGCGUCGUUAUUGGACGGAUUCGCAAAUAAUCCUAGCAUGGUUAAGUUCGCCGGCGAGACGAUGGAAGACGUUCGUCUCAAAUCGUGUUAGCGAGAUACAGGAUGGCUCGUCGCCCUCUGCGUGGCACCAUAUAAAGUCAAAAGAAAACCCGGCUGAUUUGAUCUCUCGUGGUGCAACUCCGGAGAAAUUAAAGGGUUCAACACUCUGGUGGGAAAGUCCGCGAUGGUUACGCUUGAGCGAAAAUGAAUGGCCUGCAGAGGGCGCAGAACUAUCCAGCAAAACUGUACUCGAAGAGCGGGUAGAGGUACUGAUGGCGGAAACCUCCUUGCAGGAAGCAAUCAUACCCUACUAUCAAUACUCCUUGUUAGGCAAAUUGUUGCGGGUAAUAGCGUACAUCUUAAGAUUUUGUUACAACUCGAGAUACGGGGUGAAAAAUCGUAAAACGGGUUGCAUAUCCGCGUCGAAAAUAAACAAAGCGCGGGUCGCGUUGAUCCGGAUCACUCAGGCGCAAAAAUUUGAGAAGGAAAUAAAAUUAUUAAGGUGCCACGAAAGCGUUCCCAGAGGUUCUAGGUUGUACAGCCUAAAUCCAUAUCUAGAUAACUGUGAGAUACUGCGAGUAGGUGGAAGGCUGGAAAACGCGCAGCUGCCCGAGGCCACCAAGCAUCCGAUCAUACUGCCGAUCGACGCACCACGUCGCGAGACUGAUCAUCAGAGACAAGCAUCAAAAAUUGUUCCACGCGGGCGCUCAAGCGAUGCUAACCUCAAUAAGGGACGAGUACUGGCCUCUCGCUGCGAGAAACGAGGUCAGGAGAAGCAUUCGGAAUUGCGUGAGAUGUGCCAAGGCGUCGCCCGUACUGUGUCAGCAAAUUAUGGGUUAGCUCCCGAAGGCUCGGGUUACUCCUGUUAG